AUGCGAUCUUACGCGGGGAUCAUGCGAUCUUACUUGCCACUUCUUGAGGUGUUCCUGGUGAUCUUGCAGCAGACAGCGCAUUGCUCCGAGCAAUCAGCUUGUUUUGUUGGCGGCAAAGUGACAAGAUGGUGGAUCGGUGGAAAGAGUUACAGUCAAGUUUGUGCCUUGGUUGAUAAGCACAAGAUCUCGAGGUGGAGAAGUCAGAGGCAUGAGCUGCUGUGUAAGAUUUCCGAUGAGGACAGGAGAAAGCUGGAAGACUCCUUCCGAGCUGGAUGGAAGGAGGACUCGGCCAAGUUCAAGGGUGUUGCGAAUGAGUUUGAAGUGCAGGAGAAGGAAACAUCGAUAGUGCAAGUGUUCGAUGAGAUCAGAAAUGUCCCAAUCCUCACAGAGAAUCGUCAGUCUUCUGUCGACAGGAAGGCGAGGAAAGCGACUGUGAUGUUCCCUGGGAUGAAGCAGAUUCUGCUGAUAGAGCAGCCGAACGAGUGCCACAUGAUGGAGACUUUGCUGGCCCUUCCUCCUCCUCACCUCUUUGGGUUCCUCCCGCAAGCAUCGUCCUCUCUUGCGGAGGAAGAGACCUCGUUCGGGAAUCUCAUGGAGGUUGUCAGGUCGAGGCAGCUUGAAGACGGGUCGUUGCUCCUCCUAGUCGUGACCAUCGGGAGGAUCGAGGCGCUCCGAACAAGAUCGGCCAUUCCAUACACACGGAAAGAUUGCAGAGUGAUGGUGGAUGAAGAGGAGGUGGAAGCAAAAAUGCAGGCAGGAAGAAGCGAGAUCAUGGCCAAGGUGCGGAAGUUGGAGCCCCUUGGACAGGAUGUGAUUGCGACAGUUCAUGAUGGGUACUUUGAGAAUGCAGCUCGGUUGUUUGCAACUGCAAUGGCGUCAAGAGAGUCGUUGAUGUGGAGAAAGUUUGAAAUGAACGCAUCAGCGAGCAUGGGAAAGGCCUCUCAAUCGUUUGUGCUGCUCAAUCGAAAUAUUUCGCCUCUUGUCGUUGCAAACGAGAUUGCACUUGAUUCGAACAAUGUUUCCUCUUCGAUCGUCUCAGAGGCGCUCCAUCGUUCUGGUUAUCGACCGAUGAUGAGGGAGGGGCAGCUACCCGGACUACAAGAAGAGGAGACGAUGCCGCCGAGUUGGCUGGAAGUGUUGGAUCACUUUGAAGAGCGGCUGGAAGAAGAGGACCCGAGCAGGAGGAGGAUGAACAGUGGGGAGUAUGGGGAGACCAAGAGAGAGCUGGAGCGGAUACUGAGCAGCAGGGAGGAGGGGAGGAGCAUGGAGGCUGGAGCAAGGGAAGACGAGACGAGGAGGAGGAGUGAGGUCAAGGAGUGGAGGAGAAGAAGGAGGAGAAUCAACAUGUCUCCAGCCAACAAAGAAAAACUUUUGCUCCGCCUGGAGGCACUGACAUGGAGGAGACUAGACACUUUUCUGCAAUUGAAACAAGUCUUCGAGGGUGGUGAUACUGCGAAUGUGUCACAAGAUUUUUUCACGUCUUCAACUUUUCGUUCUCUUCCUCAAGAGCUCCAAGAACUGCAUCCUAGGUCAGCCAACAGCGACUGGCCGAUCAGCAGGAGAGCUCAACGACUAUCCUGGGUUGUUGCCUCGAUCCUCAGGAAGUUCAACAGCAUUGAGGUCUACAGCUCUCAGCUCACCAUCCUUGACCUCAGACCUCACAGGAUCGAUUUCUCUUUUUGA